AUGACGUCUAUUGCCUCGCUCCUUAACCCAGAACCUGAAGCGCGAGAGAUAUAUCCCCAACAGCUCCCCACACCUUGUCCCAGUCGCUUUUCAAGAGAGUACCGCCAGUCACCCCCGCCAAGGCAGAAGAAGCAGAAGGUGUCCAAGGAUGCUGCCGUGUUCACUCGGGGUAGAACGCGGGGAGAGCUGCGAUAUCCUCCAUGCGAGUAUCAGAAUCCAGAGCUUGCUGCAGCGCACAAAGAAUUCCAAAUCCAUCCCAUGGGUCAUAUCACCGAGUAUCCAAGGCAUAUUCCGUAUAAUAGCGAGAAGAAGUCAUUUUUAGAGAAGACAGGACGGGAGAGUUUCGAAGUGUUCCAGUAUACCUUCAAAGUUCCCGGCGACGAUAAGACAUAUACCGUUAUGUGGGACUACAACAUCGGCCUCGUUCGAACUACCUCUUUGUUUCGAUGUAAUAACUACUCCAAGACAGCCCCAGCGAAAAUGCUAAAUGCCAACCCUGGUCUCCGCGAAAUUUGCCACAGCAUCACAGGGGGGGCACUAGCGGCCCAAGGAUAUUGGAUGCCCUUCGAAGCAGCCAAGGCCGUUGCAGCUACUUUCUGUUGGAAGAUCCGCUACGCCCUGACACCCCUUUUUGGUGUGGAGUUUCUCACAAUGUGCAUUCCCCCCGACGAUCCGAGGUUUGGCAGAUGGGUGAUCGACCAGUCCAUAGUGCGCGACGCGGCGAAUUCAGCUAAACAGUAUCGACUUCUAGAAGGGCGUUCACGGAGCAAUACAAACCAGAUGCGUAGCUUUGCUGAACCUUACCCGCGCGCAAAUCCCAAUGAAUCCAGAUGGAGCAGGAGGAAGGAACUUCGAGCAAAGCCGGUUCAUUUGAUAGGAGUAAGAGUCGGGGCCAAUAGAGAUAGGGAAUACACCGCCUACACUGACGCCGGAGGUGCAUACUGCCUCUCCCCAUCCAAACCAUGGGAUAGCCUCUACCCUCCAGCAAGUACACCGCGGACGACGGGAACCAGCCAGUCCCGGAUACCCUCUCCUCAGACAAUACUCUCCUCCCUUAGUAUUAUGCGGAACAAGACUGCAAAGCUAGUGGACGACAUGGAUAUGGAUAUAGAUGUCAACGAUGAGACAGAGCCGGAGGAGUUAGAGGAUUCGGCAGAGAGCACACCCACCGAGCAGGUGUUGCAGUAUGACUCGUACCACGAUACGGAUAACGAGAGCUAUGAUGGUGACGGCGGUGACGAGAAUGUUGAAACUGAAGCCAGCCCUGAAGGCGAACGUGGACGUGAACGUGGGGGCUCAUUACCUAAAAUCUCCAACAAGGAAAUGGACGAAGCUGGCGACGCCAAACGGCGUAGUUCGCCUUUACCCCUUACAAACGAUGCUCGGGCAGCGUAUAUGCUUAUGAGGUUGCAUAUGCAGGAUGUAGUGCGUGUGGAUGAGAGGAAGAGGAGGCGGGCUUCAGCGUAG